GGUUUCGGAGAAGCGACAGAGGGCAUAUACAAAUGGCGGGUUGUUCGAAAUGGGCUGUAAUCAAUUUGUUUGCUUUGUUUUUAGGAUUUUACUCGUAAACAGUUAAGCGAAGACUUGUCCAAAGCACAAACAAACAAUGAACUUCUCUGAACUCUUCAAACAAACAAACCAGUUGUGCAAGUUUUCUCCAAAUGGAAAAUACAUGGCAAACUGUGUUGGUUAUCGACUAAUACUACGAGAUGUCAAAACCCUUCAGAUCCUUCAGCUUUACACAUGUCUAGAUAAUAUACAAAGCAUAGAGUGGUCUUCAGAUUCUUUGUAUGUCAUGUGUGCAAUGUUCAAAAGAGCAUUAAUACAGGUUUGGUCUCUUGAAAAGCCAGACUGGACAUGUAAAAUAGAUGAAGGAUCAGCUGGUCUAGUUGGUGCAAGGUGGAGUCCUGAUGGAAGACACAUUCUAAGUGCUGCUGAUUUCCAGCUUAGAAUCACAAUCUGGUCACUUGUUAGCAAGUCAGUCAGUUAUAUAAAAUAUCCAAAACAUGCAACAGAAGGCCUGGAUUUUAGCAGAGAUGGCAAGUACAUGGCUUUGGCUGAAAGACGCAACUGUAAAGAUUUUGUUAGCAUUUUUGCAUGUGAUACUUGGCAGCUACUCAAGCAUUUUGAAGUUGAGACAAAAGAUCUUGCUAAUGUUUUAUGGUCUCCAGAUGGCAGGGUUCUCUGUGUCUGGGAUGCUAUUAUUCAUUACAAGCUGUACCUGUAUUCAGUAGAUGGAAGAUGUCUGUCGUCUUACAGUGCAUAUGACUAUGCUUUGGGAAUUAAAACAGUUUGUUGGUCACCUUCAAGUCAGUUCUUGGCCAUUGGUAGUUACGAUCAAAAGUGUCGUGUGCUCAACCAUAUAACCUGGAAAGUCGUGGCAGAACAUCAACAUCCACACUCCCUUGAUUCAGACACUGUGGUGGUCUACAAGGAAGUAGAAGUCAAACCUCCAUUAUUACAAGGGGAGAUUCUUCCUUCUGGUGGAUUCUCCAUACAAAGCAAAUAUCAAAUAGAGAAGGUGCCCAUUCAAGUUCCUACGGUAAAAGUUGAUCCAGAGAAACACAACCCCAGACUUGGUGUUGGACAUGUAUCAUUCAGCAAUGACAACAAAUACAUGGCAACAAAAAAUGAUAACAUGCCUAAUGCAUUAUGGAUCUGGGAUGUUCCAAACUUGUGCUUAGCUGUCCUACUACUGCAAGCCAACCCUAUUAGAGCUAUCCAGUGGGAUCCUCUCCAACCUCGUCUAGCUGUCUGCACUAAUAAUAAUAAACUGUACAUGUGGUCACCGGCUGGCUGUGUGUCUGUCAUCAUUCCUUCUGAAAAUGUGUUUCAAGCAACCUCUCUUCGUUGGCAUCCUGAUGGCAACAGUUUAGUCAUUCUUAGUAAAGAUCACAUGUGCUUGUGUUUUCUAUCAGAUCCCAGAUCAUGAUAGCAAAAUAUUGCAAAUCAUAGUGAACCUCGGUAGUAUCCCAGUUAUAAGUCCCUCUUAUUAUAACCCCCCCGAUUAUAAGCCCACCAUCCAUUAAACUAACCCCACCCUAAAAACCCUUAUAAAAUUUAAUAAACCAGAGCUAAUGAGGUACCACCAUGCAGUCCUGUAGCAAUCUGGUACACUUUUGAUAGAACGAAUUUUCCCCUCCCUUUUAUUAGCCGCGCCCGCCCUGGUUAUAGACCUCCCCGAUCAUAAACCCACCCAAAACAAAAACCCUUAUAAAGUAUCAGCUAAGAGCUCAUAACUGGAAUUCUACAGUAUAAGUACCAUGCUACGCUGUUUAAAGACAGUGGACACAGUAUUGUAGUAGUUCUUUCAUACAGUUACCCUUAUAAAGUUGUAACAGCUUAGAGCUUAUAACUGGAAUUCUACGGUAUACGCACGAUACUACACCAUGGUGAAAGACAGUGGACACAGUAUUGUAGUAGCUCUUUCAUCUUUUCCCAUUUCAGACCACGUGUCAUUCCCAAAGUGAUAACGAAGAAUCCUUAUACACCUAUUUCGAAAAUCGUUGUCGCACCAAGAGCCUCAAGUAACAAGGCUCCAGAGAACGUCGGU